AUGGAGCUUCACAAAUCCCCGCCGAGGGCGACAACGGCCCUGUCGCCCUCUGCAGCAGCCAACAAUCGUGAACCGAAGCUCCAGCUCCCCUCAACGACUGAUCCUCCAGGCCCGCAGAACCCGCCCAAACCGCUUGUCUGGCUGAUUUUUGGUGCAACUGGCCACAUGGGGCGGUCCCUUGUGAAAACCGCUCUUUCGCGCGAUGACCUAGUCGCAGCAGUCGGUCGCACAUUUGAAACCAGCCCGCAAGCAAUGAAGAAGCUCGAAGAAGAGCACGAAAAUUGCCUCGGCCUCCUCUGCGACGUGCGCGCCCGUGAGACAGUUCAGCAAGCCAUCGACCGCACAAUCGAGCGCUUCGGCCGCAUCGACAUCAUCGCAAAUUGCGCCGGAUACGGCGUCAUCGGCGCCUGCGAGGACCAAGACGAAUACGACAUUCGCGACCAGUUCGAGACGAAUUUCACAGGGACACUCAAUAUGAUUCAGUUAUCGCUGCCUCAUUUUAGAGAACGCCGCUCGGGCCGAUAUCUCAUUUUCAGCUCAACCUCUGGUGCGCUCGGUGUGCCGGGGUUGGGGCCCUACUGUGCUUCCAAGUAUGCUGUCGAGGGGCUCAUGGAGAGUAUGCUAUACGAAGUCGACAGCUUCAAUAUCAAGACUACGCUCGUGGAACCGGGCCAUAUGCGCCGCGAUGACGUGGGUGAUCUAGUCUCUGCUGAACCGUUUCCCAGCUCCGACAGCGUGCAUAACCUCUCUUCGCCGUUACCUUUGUACGGUCAUUUCCUUGUAAAGCCGCCCAGUGACCCGUAUAACACGCCUACGUCGCCCGCGGCCCAUGCAAAACGGAUGCUCAUGUGGCUAGGUGAUAAACAGCCGGCUAGUGCGGUCAAGGCGGCGCAUCUGGUUUGGCAAUUGGGUCAUUGCUCUUAUCCGCCACUGAGGCUUAUAUUGGGAACUUAUGCGGUAGAGAGUAUCCGUGAUCGGCUCAAAUGUAUUAUCGAGGAGAUUGAGGACUGGAAAUAUCUAAGUUUCCCAUUUACGGAUCAGCCAGUUGGUUCGGGGGGACAGGGAAAGGAUAGGCAUACGCCAAACAUGCAGGAGCAAGAUGAGGAGGGGAGAGCAUGA